GCCUUCUGGCUUUCCGUCUGCCGCGGUGGCCAUUGGCUGGCGCUAGCCAGCUGACCAGCGCCGGCGUGCGAGGGAGGCUCCAGAAUGGCGGCGUCCGCGGCGCUGAUCCUCCCGGAGAGCCCCAGCAUGAAAAAAGCAGUGUCGCUGAUAAAUGCAAUAGAUAUAGGAAGAUUUCCACGAUUGCUCACCCGAAUUCUUCAAAAACUUCAUCUGAAGGCUGAGAAUAGUUUCAGUGAAGAAGAGGAAGAAAAACUUCAAGCUGCAUUUUCUCUAGAAAAACAGGAUCUUCACCUAGUUCUUGAAACAAUAUCAUUCAUUUUAGAGCAGGCAGUAUAUCAUAAUGUGAAGCCAGCAGCUUUGCAGCAGCAGUUAGAGAACAUUCACCUUGAAGAAGACAAAGCAGAAGCAUUUGUCAGUGCGUGGUCUUCUAUGGGUCAAGAAACAGUUGAAAAAUUUAGGCAGAGGAUUCUUGCUCCCUACAAGCUAGAGACAGUUGGAUGGCAGCUUAACCUUCAGAUGGCCCACUCUACUCAAGCAAAACUAAAAUCUCCUCAGGCUGUGUUACAACUAGGAGUGAGCAGUGAAGAUUCAAAGAGCCUGGAGAAAGUUCUUAUGGAAUUCAGUCACAAGGAGUUGUUUGACUUCUAUAACAAGCUAGAGACCAUACAAGCACAGCUGGAUUCCCUUACAUGAUGUGCAAGACUGGUGACUCCAUCACACGCCUACCACCUCAUCAUUUUGCAUUGAAGAUAAACUGCCAGGUUGUGUUUUCUGAAGGAUUCAGUAAGCUUUCUUCUUAUAAAUUAUAUGGCUGUUGCUUCUUAGACAAACAAUAGCCAGGGGAGAUCAUUGUUCUGAAAACAGGUUCUAAUAUAUGUUUUCUAGUUCUGUGAGCCAAGAGCAAGGAUUAAGAACACUUUUGCUUUAAAAGAUAUGCACCUGAAGUGCAUACCAUAUUUACUGUCCUAUUUUUGCCUUAUUGCCUCACCUGUUUAUUUGUUACAUACCUGACAACACCUUUAUGUAUCAAGGAGAGUCCAUGGAUACCCUGUGUAAUGUGUACCUUAGAAUACAAAACAUCAGUAAUUAAUAAAAGUAAGAAAGCAGCCAACAUACAAUCAAAUCAUUAUGACAGUUUUCCUUAAAUAUAAUGAGUAUAUUUUUCUUGGGGAAUAAUAUAGGGAAGAACUUUUAAAUAGACCCACUAGUAGUAUACCAGUUUAUUCUAGUAUGAGUUUCUCUGUGCACUUUAAUUUUUCUCUGAGUUUAAUGAUUUAAUAAUAGUCCAGGUUUUUGUGUGCUUUUCUUUGUUCUGCACAUUAAUAAUGACUCACUUUAUAGUGUGGGGGACAGAUUCAGGUCAUGAAUAAAAAUAAUCAUAAUGCAUGCUAAAUGGGAACCCUUAAAAUCUCAAAAGAUACUUUUUACAUUCUUUCUGUAAAUACAUUAAUUUCAGUCAAUAAAAUUUUGAUGUCUUAGAAUUAGUUGAACUGAAAUGCACAGUAUUUCAUGCUAUGAAUAUAUAUAAAUGCAAAUAUAGUUGCCUCUAAGAAAAUAUCAAUUGAAUUUUUUAUGAAUGAAGUAUCUGUCCUAUAUUGUUUCCAGAGAAUCCGAGGAGGGAGGGAAGGACAAAGGGAAGUAGGGGGUGAGAAGGAGAUGCUGGGGACAUGGCAGGGGUGACAGGAAUGGAGAGAGAUUGAUUCAUUCAAACCUGACUUUCUUCAUAUGAAGGAAUUUGAUUUUAGAAAUGUCCUGUAGUUAAUAAACAGGGCCAUUACAAUCAAAUCAUACUCCUUAUAUGAGGUAUCUGAGUAAUAAUGUAAGUUGUUGAAUAUCUCCCAAAUAAAUGUUUAAUAUAUGGAAUUUAAGCCCUGACCUACUUGUGUGUUAUUUAGACAGAUUGGGAGUUUGGAUUAUUUCAGAAAAAUUAAUAUUGUAGUUGCUAUCCAUAAUUGAUUUGAAAGGUUUUAAACUCAAAUUUCCAUUGAUAAGAUAUCUGGAAGACAUGUUUAUACUAUAGUGGGAUUUGUUUCUGUAUGUUGCUUGUGGGAUCUAAUUUUUUUAUGCUCUAUUCUGCCGGUCUCCAGAGGCAACAACCUGACUGCUGUAAACAUUUUGGUAUAUAUUCUUUUCAACUUCUUAUGUACAAAUAAACAUAUGCAUCAUCUCAA